AGUGCUGCUUGUUGACGUUGACGUUGCCUCAGUUGAUGUUGAAGUACUGCUUUCUAACGUUGUUGGCUGUGUCAAUGCAGAAGUGCUGCUUGUUGACGUUGACGUUGUCUCAGUUGAUGCAGAAUUACUGCUUGCUAGCGUUGUUGUUGACUCUCUCGAUGCAGAAGUACUGCUUGCUAGCGUUGUUGUUGGCUCUGUUGAUGUUAAAGUACUGCUCGCUAGCGUCGAAGUUGGCUCAGUCGAUGUUGAAGUAGUGCUUGAUACCGUUGUUGUUGGCUCUGUCGAUGCAGAAGUACUGCUUGCUAGCGUUGUUGUUGACUCUGUCGGUGCAGAAGAACUGCUUGCUAGCGUCGAAUUUGGCUCAGUCACAGUGCUGCGUGCUAGCGUUGUCAGCUCAGUCAUAGUGCUGGUUACUAGCGUUGAUAUUGCUUCAGUCGAUGCUGAAGUACUGCUUGCUAACGUUGUUGUUGACUCAGUCGAUGCUGAAGUACUGCUUGCUAGCGUCGGAGUUGGCUCAGUCACUGUGCUGCUUGGUAGCGAAGUUGGCUCAGUCACAGAGCUGCUUGCUAGCGUUCUUGUUGGCUCUGUCAAUGCUGAAGUGCUGCUUCCCUGUGUUGAAGUGGCCUCAAUAGAUGCUGAAGUACUGGCUGUUAGCGUUGUUGCUUUCUCUGCCGAUGUUGAAGUACUGCUUGGUAGCAUUAUUGUUUGCUUCGUCGCUGCUGAAGUACUACUUGCUGGUGUUUUUGUUGCCCUCGGGGAAGUUGGAGUAGUUGCUGCUAGCGUAGACGAUGGUUCUCUUGUAGUGGUUGCGAGUGUUGACGUCUCUGUCGGAGUGGUGAUUGCCGUUGACUUUGGAACUGUUGAUUUCGAAGAAGUGUUUGGCAUCGUUGA